AUGCUGACGAAACCGGUCACCACUUCUGUUCUUCGUCAAUGGAAGCUUGCUAAAGAAAAAUUUGCAUGUAUAACUGCCUACGAUGCCAGUUUCUCGAGGUUGUUUGAGGAACAGGGAAUGCCUGUUAUGUUGGUUGGAGAUUCGCUAGGAAUGGCUGCUCAAGGGCAUACAUCGACUAUACCCGUUAGUAUUUCUGACAUUGCAUACCACACUAGAAGCGUCCGACGUGGCGCACCCAACAGUCUAAUCAUGGCUGACAUGCCAUUCAUGAGUUACAGCAACACGGAUGAUGCAUGCAAAAACGCGGCUUCUCUCAUGCGAUCUGGAGCUAAUAUAGUUAAAGUGGAAGGAAGCGGAAGCUGGGUUUACGAAACGAUCCGGAAGUUGACGCAAAGAUCAGUUCCGGUUUCUGGACACAUUGGAAUGACUCCUCAAGCCGUGAAUAUUUACGGAGGUUUCAAGGUACAAGGAAGGAAUGAAACAGCCGCUAGUAAAAUAUUGGAAGCUGCGAAACAAUUAGAGGAAGCUGGAGCCCAAUCCAUGGUGCUCGAAUGCAUUCCUGAGGCAUUAGGACAAAAAAUUUCAGAAUCUGUUUCCAUCCCGACUAUUGGAAUUGGUGCCGGUAAAUAUACUGAUGGUCAAAUUCUUGUCAUGCAUGAUGCACUGGGCAUUUCUAGUGGAAGAGUUCCACGAUUUGCAAAAAACUUCCUGAGCGGAGCCGGCGACAUACGAGCUGCCGUCCGACUAUACAUGCAAGAAGUUAAAGAAGGGCUUUAUCCAGCAAAAGAACACACCUAUUGA